UCCAGUAGUGUCCUUCCUACUGUAUAUAUAACACGAUAUUUAGUAAUUUGCUUUAUUUCGACGCAAAACUGUGUAAAUACAACGGUGUCAGUAUAUUAAUAAAAAAACAAAAUGAAAUUUCUUGUCUUAAUAUGUGUGUGCGCUAUUUUUAUCAGUAGAUCAAAUGCUCAAAACGCUCACUUGACGUCGGCCCAAAAAGAGAAAGUUAAACAGUAUACGGCAGAAUGUAUUAGAGAAUCGGGUGUGAAACACGAAGUUCUAGCUGACGCAAAAAAGGGGAAUCUUAAUGAAGACGAGGGAUUAAAGAGAUUUAUUUUUUGUUUCUUCCAAAAAUCUGGGAUCGUAACAGCUGACGCAAAAUUAAAUAUGGAAGUAGCCUUGUCUAAACUACCAAAAGACAUUGACAAAGUGGCUGCUGGAAAAGUCCUCAGUGAAUGUAAGAAUAAGAAUGGUAAAAAUCAUGCAGACACUGCCUUUCAAAUAUUCAAGUGUUAUCAUAAAGCAACAAAACAACACGUAUUAUUUGAAUGAUAAACACCAAGGAACUACCUACUCAUGAAUGAAUGAAAAUGAACUCACAUACAAAUGAAACGAUACCUUUAUCUGAUUUAAUUGAAGCAUUUCAAAUUCACAUUAUCAAAAGAUAAUGAAAGUCAUAAUUUAUAUUUAUACAGAUAUUUUUUAAUAUUUAAUAGGUACAUGUUUUAGUGUUAUCAUAAAUCCAUGUAAGCUUUCUUAGAUAAAGAAAUAUAUGUUUUUUAUUCUAUGAAAUUUUGGUUUAUUUUAGACCCAAUUUGCUAAAAACAAAGGUUAGGUUAGGCUUUGCAGAAAUGCCUAAGUGGCUAGAUAUUAUUGAAACAAUUUUUCUCUGAAUUAUUUACGAUAUAACAUAUUUUUGUAUCAAAUCUGUUUUAGACUAAUAGAAAACAUGUUAAACUAUCCCAUCAGUCUGUUCCAAUUUGGACAAUCAUAUGUCCAUAUUAAUGCACUUCACAUACUUAAAAUUCCAAGUUAAAGAAUAUGUAUUUUGAAUUUUAUUUUAUAAACUUUGCAACUGUCCCAUUAGCGUCUUUUGUCUGAAUUUAUUUCUAACUUAUUUCUCUACGACGCCAAAUGUGGUGUCAGAUAAAACUAUAUGGAAAUAAUAAAACUUUAAAUAUUCAAACACAAGAUUCAAUGACC